UGAGCACUAAAUAUAGCCUGUGUGCUUUCCUCAGGAGGCCCAGCCAAUGAAAGCUUGGAAAACAGCACAAUUCCUCACAUCACACCUUCUAAGGAUGGAUGGGCAGGACCCACAGCCCGGCUACAGGCUGACAAGCAGAAGCCUUUCCAUACGAAAUGGAAAGACCUUGGCAGAUUCAGCAUGCAGUAGAGGGGAAAGCUUGGUGAAAGCCUCUGCACAUGCUCAGAAGGCUUCGCGAAUGGGUGGACGACGGUGUGCGCACAUUUGCGAACCGGUAGGAAGGACCCUUAUUAAGCUCACCCUUAUUGCCAAAUUCGACACUGCAGGAGAACAGCUACUGCCACCCAGUGGAAAAUUAAACUUAAACCCAGUCUCUGAAAAUAUUUGUGCAAGAAUGAGAAGCCAUUUUGAAGACUCCUGUAGUUCACACAGGGUUGGUCAGGCAUCAUAUAUCCAAGACGGAGAGAAGAGGUGAAACACCCCCUCGCCUGAAUCAGUUUGAGGUUUGGAAUGGAAGGACGGAUCGAAGUCCAUAGAAAGAGUGCGGAGAAGUUGAUAAGGAGCCUGGAGGCUAAACCAUACGAUGAACAAUUGAGAGAACUAGGUAUGUCUAGCUUAAUAAAGAGAAGACUGAGGGGGUGACAUAAUCACAAUCUUAUAGUACUUGAGGGGCUGUCACUGAGAAGAAAGGGUCAACUCAUUCUCCAAAACAUCUGAGGGUAGGACAAGAGACCAUGGGUGGAAAAUCAUUAAAGAGAGAUCCAACCUCUAUAUAACACCUCUCCAUAUAACACCUCUCCUGCGCAGGCUGCACUGGCUUCCGGUGGUCUUUCGGGUGCAAUUCAAGGUGUUAGUUACCACCUUCAAAGCACUCCAUGGCAUAGGACCGGGUUACUUACGGGACUGCCUGCUGCUACCGGCGACCUCCCAUCGACCAGUGCACUCCCAUAGGGAGGUUCUCCUCAGGGUGCCAUCGGCCAGUCAAUGUCGGCUGGCGGCACCCAGGGGGAGGGCCUUCUCUGUGGGGGCAUCAACCCUCUGGAACAAGUUUCCACCAGGUAUCCGUCAACUUCCUGAUCUUCGGACCUUUCGACGCAAGCUGAAAACAUUUUUGUUUCACUGUGCAGGACUGGCCUAGUGGGGUUUUAAUAAGGGGUUUUAUUGGUUUUAAGUUCUUCAACCAACUCUAAAUUUUCCUUUUAAACUGGUC